AUGGCUAUCAACUAUAAACUCCGACCUAUAUCCAUUGACUGCCAAGACUGGUAUCUUACCAAAGGAGCUACAUUGUCCGGAAUUUACACUAUACACCCUAUUGGACACACGGCUGUUCAGGUGGACUGUGACAUGGAUACGGAAGAUGGAGGCUGGACUGUAAUAGUAAAGCGAUCGGAUGGGUCUGUGGAUUUUGCCAGGAAUUGGGAAGCAUAUAAAAACGGCUUUGGAAAUACCCCAACAGAGUACUGGAUUGGGAACCAGCUCAUUCACAUUUUGACAAACUACAACUCUGCGUUAUACAUAGUGAUUACUGACACUAAUGACAUAAACUUCUAUGAGAUGUACGAUCAUUUCUCUGUGUCUGAUGAAGAGGAUGGGUUCAGAAUUUUCUUCGGCAAUGCUGUAGGAAACCUCGGAAACUCCAUGAUGUCUACUGAAGAAAAGUUUCAAUUGAAUGGAUCAAGGUUUACCACCGUAGACAUGGACCAGGACAAUUUCCCUGACAACUGUGCCAUGACGUACGGAAGUGGAGGGGGAUGGUGGUACAAUAGCUGUUACAAAGCCCAGCUGACUGGCCCAUACGGUACCGCAGAGUGGGCAUGGCCUUGGUAUCCCGUGUUUAUUGACGGUACAAGCAUCAAAGCUGUCAAAAUGAUGAUAAAGAGAAAGGUGCAAUGA